AUGAAAGCUGAAUUGUGCCAGCUCUUGCUUCCACUGCUGCUGUUGGACCAAGUCUCCAUAGUCCUGACGUUGACAUGUCAUGAAUGUGUGGGGAUUGGUGACUGCCUGGAGCCCACAGAUUGUAACAACCUAACAAAAUAUUGCCUAACCACAUGGGACACUCCUCCAGGUGAGAAGACAUGGGUCAUCAAGUCUUGUGCUUACAGCUGUCCAUCUGCUGAUGAAAUAUAUGGCUCUUCCCCAGCCUCCUGUUGUCGGACAGACCUCUGUAACAGUGCACUGAGCAUCGGCAUCAGCAGGCUCCUUCUCAUCUCCUGCCUGUGGGCUGUGGCAGCUAGGGCCUUGUCAUGA